AUGUCCAAGAUGAAGGUGGAGAUUCUGUUCAAAGAUACCAUUAAGCCGUCUUCUCUGACUUCUCAUCGUCUCAAAACCGUCGAACUCUCGUUCAUUGACGAAAAAAUGGCUCCGGUUUUCGUCGGCGGACUCUUCUUCUACAAUUACAAUGGCGCCGACAAAGCUGAGAUCUCUGGGAAGCUUAAAAAUUCCCUGUCCGAGACCUUGACCUGUUUUUACCCUCUCACAGGCAGAAUCAACGACAAGGUCAUUGAGUGUAAUGACGAAGGUGCUCUCUUUAUCGAGGCCCGUGCCAGUGUUUUGCUCUCGGAUCUUCUAGUGAAUCCGGAUCCACUGACCCUGGUAGCUUUAAUGCCAAGCCGCAGCCCAAAGGCCGAACUGUGGCCAUUGCUUCUCGUCCAAGUCACUUUCUUUUCGUGCGGUGGUUUCGUCCUUGGGGUGUUAAUUCCUCACAUCGUGGCAGAUGUAACCACGGUUUCUAUAUUUCUACGCGGUUGGGCAGCCACUGCGAGAGGCCAUGGAGAUAUGGUGACGCCAAAUUAUUUAUCAUCAUCCAUGAUCUUCCCACGUUUGCCCCACCAAGAACCUUACCCGAUGCCAAAGGAUGAGAGGAACCACGUGACGACGAAGAAGCCCGAAUUCGUGACGAAGAGAUUUGUGUUCGAAGCCGACAAGAUCAAUUUGCUGAAAGUCAGGGCAGCGAGUGAACAAGUGAAAGACCCAACGAGGUUCGAAUCCAUCGUGGGGCUCUUAUGGUGUUGCCUGACGAGGGCAACGCGUUCGGACAAUGGUGUCCAGAAGCCAUCCUCUGUGCAGUUUCCUGUGAACAUAAGAAACACGAACAUAUCUCCUAUCUUGUCGGAAAACUCCAUGGGGAACAUCGUAUUGUCUGUUAGCGUGGAUACUGAUGGUUCGGAGACAGGUCUUGAACAAAUGGUGAGGAAACUCAGGGAUAAUAAGGAGAAAACAUUGGAGAAGUUUCGUACGAUGGAGGCCAUGAAAUUUGCGGAGGAGUAUGAGAAACAAAGGUGGGAUUUUAUGUGUAGGAUGAUCAGCGGAGCCAUCGACGGACACAUUUUCACGAGCUGGGCAAGAACCGGGUUCUAUGAAGUGGAUCUUGGAUUCGGAAACCCGAAUUGGGUGACUGCGAAUAAUUUGAACUGGGAAUUUGAAGUGUUCAUAUUGAUGGAUACGGAAAACGGACGAGGAAUCGAGGUUUGGGUGUCCUUGAUGAAUGACAAGAUGUCAGCCUUGGAGGAAGAUCACGAGCUUCUCCAAUUCGCCACGCCGAAUCCAAGUGUUGUCUGA